UCCCCGCUCAAGUACGCGCUCUAAUUUCUAUCAUAGCCAAUCAUAGUGCAAGCUCGGAGCAUCUGACCCAAAAUAAUGGACCCAAAGUUCCAAAGGUACCUAAUGAUGAAAUACGCGCGGUGCAUGCUGAAACUUUCCGGCUUUUCGGAACUUAUAGAGAUACCAAUGGUCACUUGCAGUCAAUAAUGGGUAGCUUGUCCUGCCACCGUCACUUGAAAUUUUGGUAGUUCCUCUUCUCUCACUCAUUCAAUCCGUAGAAUUAGUCUCACAGGAAGAAGCCGUGAUAUUACCAAAAUACGUAAAUUUUCCCGAUAUCAAACAUACUUCAAAUCAUGUCAUCCCGUAUCAGACAGCAUGACCAAAUAGGACGCGAGCUUCCGGUGCCUGUUUCCCCUUUCAAUAAAUGUGGAAGAAGCUACCGUGCCAUUAAAGCCCUGAUCCUUUACUGGGAAGGAGACUCAUUGAACUAUGAACCAUAUGGACCUAUGUUGGAAGCUAUUGCCCUCCAAACGGCAUUCAACGGGUGGGGUUGGCCAGCUGAAAUCUACGAAAUUCCAUUCAAUGACCCUGUCGCGCGCACUCGCAAGUUCUUGAAAAAACAGACCGGAAAUACUGGAUCUGACGAGCUUCUGUUAGUCUACUAUGUAGGCCACGGAAACAGAAGCUCUCAGGGUCAGCCCUUUAGUAUAUAUCGGGAUCGACCAGUCGACGUGGAUGAUAUUGUCGAAUGGCCUGUUAUUCGCUCGGUCCUCGAAGCAGCAAAAUGCGAUGUCGUUAUGUUCCUCUACUGUUGCCACGGUGCUGACGCCUGGGUCUCGCGCAACCUUGUGCGCGAUAAAUACAUCGGGCCAUGUGGAAAGAUUAUGGUAUAUUUCCUUGUAUGCUGUUCAUCUUUAAGGAAUUGUCAGUUAAUAUGUCUGGUAGUGCAUUAUCGCAGCGGCCCAAGUUGAUCAGCUCGCACUUAUGAGUGAGAAGCAUUCACUCGGCAUCCUGUUGAAAGAGGUGAUCGACUCUGCAAGGAGUGGACAAGGCACCAUCUCGAUCUCUGCGCUGGUACAAGAGAUGAAGAAGAAAGUAGAGCAGUCAGAUCAUUUCAAGGUUUUAGAAGUUGUCCGAGGAGGAUAUGAUUACGGCAACGCGAUUCGUGAAAUAGUGGAUGGGAUUCCUAUGGUCAUGGUUCCUAUGGGGCCGUAUGCCUACUACUCGUCAGAGGACGUCGAGAUCUUGUUGCGCACCCUGGGAUCUCGCGGCGUGUUCAGAAUCAAGAUUGGCCAGGUACAAUACCAGCGCCUCUCGGGGUGGGCGGGGGCGUAUUGGGAGCGGCAGGUACUGUGAGAGGUUGAUGAGCUUCUCGUUGGAUAUAUCAACCUUUCUGAAUCGAAGAUAUAUAAGAGGGGUCAUUUCCAUUUACUAUGAAUUACGUUAAAUAAAAACUAAAUGCUACAAUGUCAUUGAACACAAUGAGAUAAAAU